AGUUUAGUGAUGCUUGUAACUGGUAUUUUAAUUGCUAAAGGCUAUGUUACAUUUGGCGUGUUUUUUAGUAUAGGAAAUUUUGCAAGUACAAUCUUCACUAAUCUUGUUGUAGUAGCCAAUCAACUAACUCUCUUGCACUCUAGUCAGGGAGUCGAUGAUGACUUAAAAGAACAAUUUAAGCGUGAUAAAUUAAUGACUACAAAAGUAACACAAAAUGAAAAAGAUGAAUUUGAACAAAUAGCUAUAACCAAUUUGAGUAUUCAAAUUAGUGUUACCGAAAAAAUUUCUUAUCCUAAUAUUAUAAUUCAUAAAGGUGAAAAGGUAUUACUCUCUGGAGAUAGUGGUACAGGAAAAAGUACAUUGUUAAAAAUAAUUCUUGGCGACUACAAAGCUACUACUGGAAAAAUAAUAUUUAAAGACAAAGAUGGUAAAGAUAUAGAUUUUGAUUCUUCACGAAUAGGCUAUUUACCACAGGAUCCGAUUCUAUUUCCGGGAACAAUAAGAGAGAAUAUUACUUUAUUUAAUCCAAAAUUAAAUGAUAAAGCCGAAUAUUGGGCUAGUAAAUUCCAACUAACUAGUGACUUGCAAAAAUUUCCAAAAGGAAUUGAUACCAAAAUUGAUUUGGAUACCAAUAAUUUAUCAGGUGGGCAAAGGCAAAAAGUAAUUUUAGCUCGAACAAAGACGUAUGAUAAAGAAAUAAUUUUAGUUGAUGAAGGAACUUCCUCUAUUGAUUCAAUGAAUACAAAAAUCAUCUUAAAGAAUCUUUUGAAUUCAGAUAAUACUGUCAUUUUUAUUGGACACAAUUUUGAUAAACAAACUCAAAAUCUAUUUGAUAGACAAAUUUAUCUAAAAAAAUAA